CCAAGAAGUUAUGAGUUAUUAUAUCCAUGGUCAGUGUCACGGGCCAUGCCUCAAGCCUCCAAACUCUCCCUGGGCUCUGUGCAAGAGUUUUCUGUGUCUGACCUGGUUCCCGCCCUUUUCCCGACUGGCAGAGGUGGGGGGAUGGGCUCCUAUGGGCCAUCAGAGGUACAAUGCAACAGUCAAAAGCCUGCAAGCUCGGCUCUUGCCUUUUCAGGGCUUCACACCUUCAGCACUGGAGGGAGGGAGGGGCCGGAUUGCUCAUCAGAGGUAUAAUGCAAGUCAAAAGCCUGCAAAAGUCUCCUAGAAUGCAUAAAUCAUCAAACAUUUCAGUCUCUGACAGCAGCCUGACUGAAAGCCUCAUGCAGCUCCUGUGGGACGCUGAUGGAGAGCUGGUCCGGAGGACUGUCAGCAUCCUCGGCUUUCUGUUCUCCGAUAAAGACAUCCAGCUCUCCAGCCCCACCGCCCUGCAGCUGGCUGAGGCGCUGCAGCCGCUCUUCGACAACGCUGACAGCAGUGUGCAGCUGUCCUCCAUCCUCCUCUUCCGUGGGGUGAUGGUGACAGGGGAGAAAGAGGGAAAAAAGGCCCUGAAGCCACACGUGCGCCAGAGCCUGCUUCCACUCUUCUUCCACUGCCACGAUGAGAACCAGAGAGUGGCAGAGGCCUCUGGGGAAGCGCUGCUUUGUGUGGCCGGCUUCCUGAAGAGAAAGGACCUGAAGAAGGUAGUGAAGAGGAAGGAGCUGUGGAAGUUCAGCAAGUGCCUGCUGGAAAAAGACUGGAGCCGAGUGGCCGAGUACCUGCGCCAGGCUUUGCCAUACCUGGAGAGCCCACAGGAGCCCCUGCGAGAGGCGGCCCUCAGGUUCAUGGGGAUGGCCGGGAGGUACGUGCGGGGACAGCCUGAAGAGCUGCAGGACAUCAUCGAGACCCUUCAGCGUAUGCGGAAUGACACCAGCCUUGACAUCUCAAGCCUGGCGCGUCAGAGCUGCUAUGUGAUUGAAGCUGCUCAGAGCUCCAUCCUCCAGACUGCAGCAGCCGCCAGACUGGCUGUGCGGGGCCUGCAAGAGCUGUCCUGCUCUGCGGGGCAGUUUGUGGCUGUGCUGCCUGAGCUCUGGGGAGGCUUGAUGUGGGAAGCGGUGUCUGCUGGGGCCACGUGAGCCUGCAAGGAAGACCCCUCCUCUUCAGGCACUUUCCUUUACCCCAGCAUGGGAAUAUAAAAUUCCUCUUGUCACAUA